CAAGAUCCAAGGUAUAAUCCAAAAUAGCGUGGUUGGCUACGAUUCCUUCGUAUCAGCACCUAAAUUGUAUCCUAACAACAAGGGAACAACUCAACAACACAGCUCUAAAAAGCUGCGUGAAUUGAAAGCGUGGAGCUUCGCAUUUUGGGCAAGAACGAUGCCAGCACUCGCUACAUCCCUUCAUCUCUUCCCCAAUAAUCCAAUUUUACGAACGAAGCCAUAUUUCCCCAAUUUUUCUUCAACAAUCCCAUUUGGGUUCUCCGCUUCAUCAAGUUCUUACCCAAUCAACAGCAAUUCUUCUUUAUCUUUCGUCGCUCCUCUCGAAGCAAUACUUUUCGACAUUGAUGGAACUCUCUGUGACUCCGAUCCUCUCCAUUUCUACGCCUUUCGUGAUAUGCUACAAGAGAUAGGAUUUAAUGACGGAUCACCCAUCGAUGAGGAUUUCUUCAUAAAUAACAUUAGUGGGAAGCAUAACGAAGAGCUUUGUCGUGUUCUUCUCCCAGAUUGGGAGUUCGAAAAAGCCAUGAAUUUCAUGGUUGAUAAGGAAGCUUUGUUUCGAAGAUUGGCAGCCGAACAAUUGGAACCAAUAAGCGGGCUUGAAAAUUUAUGCAAAUGGGUAGAAGAUCUGGGCCUAAAACGGGCUGCUGUAACAAACGCCCCAAGAUCAAACGCUGAAUUAUUAAUCUCAAUGCUUAACCUUCAAGAUUUCUUUGAAGUUAUUGUUUUAGCUGAAGAAUGUGCAAGACCAAAACCUUUUCCUGAUCCUUACCUCAAAGCUCUAAAUGCACUUAAAGUUGCCCCAAAUCAUACGUUUGUGUUUGAGGAUUCUGUUUCUGGGAUUAAAGCAGCUAAUGGAGCUGGGAUGGCGGCAGUUGGCAUGGCUACUAGAAACCCUGAAAAAAUGCUACUUGAUGCUGGGGCAACCCUUGUUAUCAAGGAUUACAAUGAACCCAAAUUGUGGGAAAAUUUGGAGAGGGUAGUAAAGGAGAAGUUGCCUCUUUGAUCCAAGUCAAAUAUAUAAAAAAGAGUGUAAAAAUUAAAGAGUUUGUAUAGUAGUUGGUUACUCCAUUGAAGAACAAUUUGUUUUACACAUGAUUAAUUGAAAGGGUAAAUGACACAAAUGCCUUACGAACUUUUUA